AGAAAUCUGCUACUCGAUCCUGCAGGAGCGCCAAGGGUCUAAUGUCAGCUGAGCAGCUCGCAGCCAUGCUAAUGUUUCAAAGGGCCUAGGAAAGCCAGAAGCCCUGGCUGAGUGGCUGCGACGCCUGGUCUCGCAGGCUGCACGCCUGCCCCCGUGAGCAGGGCAGAGCAGACCUCGCCUAGCUCAGAGUCGACAUGACACGGUUUGUUCCCUUUUGGCCUGUGUGAGUUCUGCAAGCCCGGGAGACCUGCCUUUUCUGAGCACCCGUUGUUCGGACAGCACUGGCCACUAAGGCAUUUUCAUCUCUUUCAAAAACUCCCAGGGCAGAGAGCAAAUUUGAGGAAUUCCUUUUUUUUUUUUUUCAAAGAUUUUAUUUUUUGCCCCUUCCAACAUUUUGUUUAAGAGAAAAUGAGAUGUCUAUCUUCUGUUUCCUUAUUUUUUUUCAGGAAAGCAAAGGGUUGUUGACUUCCUCCCUCUCCCCUCCCUUCCUUCCUUCUUCCCGAAGGUACUCAUCUGAGAAAAAGAGAACGAAGUAUUGUUCCUGUUCUCUUUCUUAAGUCAUUUGAAACACUGUCCCUGCUAGUUCUUUACGUUCCCUGCAAUCUGUACACGAGAGAAACAGGGAGAGAGAGAGAGAGGGAGAGAGACAAACACAGCCAGCAAUCAGGCCGCUGGAGCCAUUGAAUCCUCAGGAGCUGGAAAACUGUCAAGGAUGCAGAAGGAAGUGAAGAUGAUCAAAGAUGAGGCCAUGCAUUUCACCUUGGGUGCGAAGAGGGCCCCCUCCUUUGCCCACCGCCUGCAGCCCGCGGCUUCCCGCGGCAAAGCGCCCCAGAGGCACCCCUUCCCGGAGUCGCUCCGGGGGCCCUUCUCCCAGUUUCGGUAUGAGCCUCCUCCAGGGCACCUGGACGGGUUCCCGGAGGCCUUCGAAGGAGGCGGGUCCCGCAAACGCAAGAGCAUGCCCACCAAGAUGCCCUACUCACAUCCCGCGCAGGAAGUCACCGCUGCCCUCCGCCACGACCCGGGCAAAAGCCACGGCCCCCCGCCACCGCUCCCGCUGCUGUUGGCGCAGCCCCCGCGCCCCAAGUACGACUCGCAGAUGAUCGACCUGUGCAACGUGGGCUUCCAGUUCUACCGCAGCCUGGAGCACCUGGGCGCCAAGCCCGUAAAGCAAGAGCCGGUGAAGCCCAGCGCCGUGUGGCCCCAGCCCGCACCUCCCGCCUUCCUGCCCGCGCCCUACCCCUACUACCCCAAAGUGCACCCGGGCCUCGUGUUCCCCUUCUUCGUGCCCUCGUCCUCGCCCUUCGCCUUCAGCCGGCACGCCUUCCUGCCCAAGCAGCCCCCGGAACCGCGCGCUCCGCGCGAGGCCGAGCCCCCCGAAAGCGAGGGCACCAAGCAGAAGGUGGAGAGGGUGGACGUGAACGUGCAGGUGGACGACAGCUACUACGUGGACGUGGGCGGGGCUCAGAAGCGCUGGCAGUGCCCCACCUGCGAGAAGUCCUACACGUCCAAGUACAACCUGGUGACGCACAUCCUGGGCCACAGCGGCAUCAAGCCGCACGCGUGCGCCCGCUGCGGGAAGCUCUUCAAGCAGCUCAGCCACCUGCAUACACACAUGCUCACGCACCAGGGCACGCGGCCCCACAAGUGCCAGGUGUGCCACAAGGCCUUCACGCAGACCAGCCACCUGAAGCGCCACAUGAUGCAGCACAGCGAGGUGAAGCCGCACAACUGCCGCGUGUGCGGCCGCGGCUUCGCCUACCCCAGCGAGCUCAAGGCCCACGAGGCCAAGCACGCCAGCGGGCGCGAGAACAUCUGCGUGGAGUGCGGCCUCGACUUCCCCACGCUGGCGCAGCUGAAGCGCCACCUCACCACGCACCGCGGCCCCAUCCAGUACAGCUGCUCCGAGUGCGACAAGACCUUCCAGUACCCGAGCCAGCUGCAGAACCACAUGAUGAAGCACAAGGACAUCCGGCCCUACAUCUGCUCCGAGUGCGGCAUGGAGUUCGUGCAGCCCCACCACCUCAAGCAGCACUCGCUCACCCACAAGGGCGUGAAGGAGCACAAGUGUGGCAUCUGCGGGCGGGAGUUCACCCUGUUGGCCAACAUGAAGAGACACGUGCUGAUCCACACCAACAUCCGCGCCUACCAGUGCCACCUCUGCUACAAGAGCUUCGUGCAGAAGCAGACCCUCAAGGCGCACAUGAUCGUCCACUCCGACGUGAAGCCGUUCAAGUGCAAGCUGUGUGGGAAGGAAUUCAACCGCAUGCACAACCUGAUGGGCCACAUGCACCUGCACUCGGACAGCAAGCCCUUCAAGUGCCUGUACUGCCCGAGCAAGUUCACGCUCAAGGGGAACCUCACCCGUCACAUGAAGGUCAAGCACGGGGUCAUGGAGCGGGGCCUUCACUCCCAAGGUUUGGGAAGGGGCAGACUCGCCCUGGCGCAGACGGCGGGCGCACUGCGAGGUCUGGAGCAGGAGGAGCCCUUCGACCUGUCCCAGAAGCGCGGGGCCAAGGAGCCAGCCCUCCGGUCGGACGCGGACAGCGCGCGGGGCAGCCCCUGCCGCGAGGACGAAGACGACGACCCGAGCUACGAGGUGGAGUCCCCCAGCCCGGGCCCGGCCCCCCAGAGCCCGCCGCGCAGCGCGCCCCAGGAUCCCCCGGCCGAGCCCACGCAGGCCCCCGAGGCGCUGGGAGAAGAGGGCGAGGCCGAGGUGGAGGCGGAGAUGGAGGUGGAGGUGGAGGCCGCGGCCGCGCCGCAGGAGGAUGCGGAGGCGCGGGGCCAGGUGCACCCGGGCGCGGGCGCACAGGGCGGCCCGGAGAGGCCUGGGGCGCGCCGAGACGAGCGGCCCCGCCUGCGCGCCUUCCCCGGCCCCCGGCGCGGCCCCUCUUUUUCUGAUUACUUAUACUUCAAGCACAGAGAUGAGAGCUUAAAACAAUUACUGGAGAGGAAAAUGGAAAAACAAACAGUGCUUUUAGGGAUCUAAGUGGACGGCUUUUAAAUGACACUUGGAAACGGAGAAGCGGGCAGUUCAAACGUAGCUUUCUGCACGCUUUGUCACCAGUGGGGGAAGGGCUCCGACUAACCCGCAGGCACCUUCCCUCGGACUGCAGGGGCUUCGCAAGCCAUGCGCCGCCCCUGCGAUGACUGUGCAUAGCUAGAGACCCCCGCCAGCUCCCCAGAGCAGGUGCUUUCCGAAAUCCCCUUGUCCCUUGACUAACACGCAGUACCUGGGCAGUUCCUUUCUAGUUGCAAAAUCGUGGUGCUUGAUGUGUUACCUUGUAACUAUGUAGCUGAAUUUGUGACAGUUGUAUUUGUCCAGAGAGCGGAGAGUAGUUAUUGUGUACAUAAAAGUCGCCUUUAUGAAAGCAUCAGAAAUCCCAGAGAUGACACAGGAGGGUGAGCUGGGGACGAUGUUCUCAGGGUCUGGCUGCAGACGGGAGAGAUCUACAGAAGAUACAUUCUCUUUCCUGCAUCCUCCUUCCCAAAGGGCGGUGGGCAGUGCUUGCAAAUGGUCGGACCUGUCUUCUGCUUCAGCUGCCUCCGCCAUAGGGGGCAUCCUGAGCAUUUCCAGGUCCUGGCGCCUCCCCCAGAGCAGAGCUCCCUCCUGGAGACCAUCACUGCCCUCCCCCAAGGGCAGGCUGUGUGUGUGCACUCGCGCACACGUGCUCGCAAGCCUGCGCCUCAGAGCAGCUGCAGGGACAGGUGUCACCAGCAGACAGAGCUGGAGCUGGGGGUGGGCGGGAGACUGAGCCCUCCCAGGAACCUGCUCUGACUUGCCCUAGGUGUUCCGGCCACCACUCCUUACUCAGAGGGAAGGCUGGACCGGUGUUCUCAAGGCUGACCUGACAGUGGGGUCUCCCAGGGAGCCUUAAAAAAAUGUGGCAUCCACAUUGCCAGGUGUGGGUUCCUUGGAGCAGCAGGGACUGGGAAAGAUUGACAGACUAAAGGCACUCAGCCCUGGCUGGGGCUCCCAGGACCCUCCCUCCCACAGACUCCAGCCACAGGUCUGCUCAGGGCGUCUGCAGAGGAGGGGAGACAGCGAUCCCACUGCCUGCUCGCCUGCCAGUGAGAGCCUCAUGAGGGGACACACGCCCACCCUGUGUAGCGCACACUUCUUGCUAGGAAGUGAUGCCUGCGAAGGCCACGGCCACUUGCAUGAGGGUUCUUCCAGGUGCUUGAGCCCUGGUUGCAGGGAGGGAGGGGGACUGUGCAGGGGGCCCGGCUGCUGGGGUUGCCGGCCGCAUGCACAUGGCUGACUCUAAGCAAUGACCCGGUAGGUACUUCGUCUAACUGCCUCUUGGUUGGCAGUGUCCGCUCUUAUUUUUAGACUAGGUACUGUUUAUUAUUUUGCUUCCUCUCUCCUCCAACUUCCCAGUGCAUUUCUUUAGAGGACCUGGUCCCUCCCCAGCUGCUGGGUGCCUGUGCUGUCUGCUAAACUGUUUCCCCACCAGCUUCUUCCGCUCCUCGGCAUCCCCCACCCCCACCCCACAACCUCCAUCUCCUGCGCCUGGGCAGUGGAGACCUGUUUCUCCUGCGCCUUCCUCCAUAUUCCACACUGACCCCACUCCCCCACCACAAAGUGCAAAAGGUUCUGCGGCUUCCUGCUGCCCCACCCCCCACCCUCAUCCCACUGGGGUCUUGAGGCCACAGCCCCUGCCAAGAGGCUGGUGGAGCCAACACUGUUGGUUCUGCAGUUUUCAGCAUGGCCUGACCUAGAACCUCUCCCAGGUCCUCAGAGGGGGCAAGUUCCCUUUGUAAAGACUUCACAACCCUUUUUAUUAUGGCCAUGUUGAAACACACACACAGAACAAUCCACUGUUCGUGGCCCACCACAGGGCUUCUCCAGGUCCCAGUGUCUGUUCAUUGUAACUAAUGGUCCAUCAGGGCCCCCAGGGGAAUCUUCCAGGAUGCUGGCAGGGGGCUUGGCGAGGCUUCCAGCCCUCAGGGUCCUGCUGCUGCUUUCUCCAUUCAGCAGCCACAUUGAAGGACCUACUGUGUGCUGUGCAGGGUCGUCCACGCUGCAGACUUCCCACUGGUUCUGGAUUUGCCUAGCGGAACAGGGGCCAGGAAAACCCAGCGUGCCGGCCCUGGUUCUCUCUCUGGGGAUGGGUGCUGAGCAGGGGACAGUCAGGUCUGGAAUGCUGGCUGCAGAGUUGUGUGUUGAGGACCUGUGGUCCCUCUUAGACUCUUGCAGAGUUGCUGGAGGGGACUCUCAGCCCCCGUGUCCACUUCUUUCAGGGAGCUGCAGCCUGGUGUGUGUAGUUAUCCCCAGUAAAUUUUUGUUUGGAGAGGGGAGAAAGGUCUGGGGAAAGUAAUACAAGUUUCUUAGUCAGCAGAGUGUUCCUAGGCCGGUUGUCGGGUUUUGUUGUUGGGUUUCGACUCUGAGUAGGAGAGACUUCAUCAGCUGUAAACUGGUGGCUGACACAGCACUGAGCACCUGAGAACCAAGGCUGACGUCGGUUUUGUGAGUGGUCGAGCCAGCCACAUGUUGCUUUGCCCAGGACCCUCCUGGUUUAUAGUGGCUGUCCCAAGAUAAUUGCUAAUCGUGUCAUCUCAGCCCUGAAAAGUGUCCCAUUUGGAUGGUACAUGACAAGGGCAUCCCACGCAUGAGUGCAAAGUGAAGGGAAGGGUUGGCAACCUGGCCUGGUGAGCUGAUCAUCAAGAAGCAGGUGCCAUCCUCGGAGCACUAAGGAAUUGAAGCCAUUCAAGGUGACUGGCGCUUCCCGGGCAGGACAGCCUGCCAUUCACCACGUCGUGACACUCUGAAAAUAGGUCACUACCAAAUACUUUUCAGGCUUUUGGCCACUGUCACAUUGAAUAGGCCAGCGAACCAGCCAAGUGGCAGAUUUUUUUUUUCUAUGAUCCUUUUCAUUCUGGUCUCUGAUCACCUCUCCCUGCUACUUUUCAAUUCCCCUUUCAUUCUUUCUUUGUGAAAAUUGGACUCCCCAUGAGCCUGGAGCUGACCUUUCUGAAGCCCACGAGAGGAACUGGCAUGUUUGUAUGUGAGUAGUUGCGUGGGAAACUCAGUGUGCAUACUGUAUUUAUUAAGCCCUGAAGGCAUUUAAUAAAAUAUUAACAUUGUGUUUCGAAUUAUGAUCCUUGUCUGCUUCGCUGGAACAAAAUGUAACAGAGCUAACAUUUAAAAUCCUUUGCGUAUUUGGACAACAUAAUGCCAAAUGUUGAUUUUGUACAAAACUCUGGCUUGCUAUUUAAGAACUAAAAUGCCAAGUGUAUAGCAACCCAAGUUGUGAAUAUUGCUCUCUGCUUCCUUGAAAAGGUAAUUUACCUGAAAAUAGCAUGUUUCCUAUAUUUUGUUAAUUUAAGCAAAUAAAGAUAUGUUGGAAAAGCUGA